GUUAGGUUAUAAAAAUGUAAACAUUGAUAUUUUCUUCAAUAUUCUUAAAAAUAAAAAAAAUAUUUUAUAAUUACAGUAUGUCAGUUUUUGCUGCUUACGCAUCUGAAGCAGACGAUUCUUCUCAACCAGAUGUAGAUAAUGGUUCCUGGUUAACAAAUUCUAGUUUUCAAGCAACUUUACCAAAUGUAUCUGAAGUUCAGGCAUUACAACAAGAAACUUGUUCCAAUUCUGCAAGACAGAAUAAAAAAACUCAAGAUGAAGCACACUCCGAUUCAGAAUUAAAAGAAGACAGUCCUAAAGUACCAGUUUCUAAAAAACGAAAGAAAAAACAUAAAAAGAGUGACAAAAACAAGAAGUCAGAAAUUUUAGAAUAUAAGAUAAUUGAGAACGACAUAUUUAAAAUCGAAACGAAAGGUGCGAGGGAACUACUUUCCGUAAACACAAUUUCACGACCAUCAGCACCUAUUUACCAUGUAAAGUUUUUCCUUGGUAACACAAAUUAUAAAAAAUGUAAGUCAAAAAAUAAAAUUAAACGCUACUAUAAACAUCUUUCCCGUGAGCCAGAAGUAAAAGAAGACAUAAUAACUCAGAAAAAUGUGAAUCAAAUAGGGUUUGCUCCUAGAGAUGAAAAUUUCACAGGCUUCAAACAAGAACAAGAGCUAAGUGAAAAGACAGGAUUUUUUAAUAGCUAUUUAACUGGUAAACCAGAAGAUAUAAAUGUGUGGCUAGAAUAUAUAAACUUUCAAGAUACAGUGCAUCAAUUUGAAAAGAGUUACAGGAAAGGGAGUAUAGCUAAAGCUCAAAGAGUUUUAGGAGAAAGAAAGCUGUCUAUAUUGGAUAAAGCUUUGAUGUCAAAUCCUUAUAGUGAGAAACUCCACAGGGAAAGGUUAAAUAUAGCUGUGGUGACAUUUCCUUCUGAUGAAUUACAGAUAUACCUUCGGGAUUUAGUCGAGAAGGAUAAAAGUAACAUUAUCCUAUGGCAAGGAUAUAUAGAAGCCACACAGUGCUCAAUGUCCCAUUGUUCCACACCAGAAGUUUUAAGUUUAUAUACCAAAUGUCUCUCAACUUUACAUCAACUGAGGCAAACGAAUAUCAUGGAACGACAUUUAUUAGAAGAAUGUAUAUUGAAAAUGCUGUAUCAGUGCGGUUUAUUUAUGAAACAAGCAGGCUUGUUUGAACAACUUUGGACUCUUUUGAGAAUGUAUCUUGAACUAAACUUAUCCCCAAAUAAUAGUAGUAGGUUUCAUAUAUUAUCAGAGUUUGCAGAAAGCCAGUUGAUGGAAUUGGAAGAUAUUAUUUUUGCAUCAAACUUACCUCUACACGAGUUGUGGUUGCGCACAGAGAAACUACGCGAAGCUUGUCAUUGGCUACCUAGUGUGGAUGACGAAAAAUGUGAAGAUCCCCAACGAAUAGUACUUACUGAUGAUGUAGUUCAAUUGAUUCAUCCAAUCACAAUGCCAGGCAAUAUAUUUAAAAUGUCUGCAACAAUAUUCUCGUUGCUUAAAAUACCUUUACUGCCUUGUAGACAUAGUACAAUGGGAGAACUAGGUUUAGAUUAUGUUCCUUGGAGUUUUGAUUCAGUAGAGCCACUUCUCUCGAUGUAUUUUCCUUUAUAUCCAGUUGAUACUUCAACAAGUCUAUGGAGCAAUAUACGAUUGGCUGUAGGACCACAGUAUUUAAAUAAAAUACCCGGUCAUGAAGAAUAUUUAGGUUUUAUUAAUAAAAUUAUGGAAAAUGUUGCAAACUGUCUAACUGGGGACGAAAAAACGGCUAUAACUUUAUGGUAUUUUAAAUUUCAAAGAUUAUUAAUUAUUUUAGAUAAAGUUCAGUUGUUUACAAUGACCGAGCAAUUUAAAAAACGCAUUAAGAAAAAUUUCAAGGAGUGUCUUAAACUUGAAGAAAAUAGGCAGAAUGCAAUAUUUUAUCUAGAAUAUGCGCUAACUGAACUUGAAUUUGGAAAUGUGGAUAGUUGUCUUAAAAUAAUCAAUACGGCUGUAAGUUUCACUCAAAGAUUUCAGAUGACUGUUAGCAAUGUUUCAACGUCUCAGAAAAAUUGGUGUAAUCUUUAUAAACACCUGGUUCAGUUGCACAUUGCAAAAAAUACGAGCAGUGAUGAAAAUGAAGCUUUGAAGCUUCUUUGUCAAAUGAGUUUACAACAGAACGAAUUGCAACUGAAUGACGAAAUUAAAGAAAAAGCAACAAACAAAUUUAACACAGUCACUCGACAGUUAAUGGAAGCUGAACAAGUUAAACUAGCGUGUGUAGAACAUUUUUUGCCAAACUUUUUUACCGAUUGGAUAAUAUGCCACGUUUGGUUUAUUUUACUUUGCAAGGGCCCCAACGAGUGUUUUGAAUUUUUUCGGAAUAUUUUGCACCAGAUGGCAAAUUCCGACACCCACGAUAUUUGGCAAAAAGAAGUUUUAUACGAAUUUUAUAUAGCUUUAUUAUUUAAGUACUCUAGAAAACAAUGCAAAACUGAUACAGUAAAAUUGUUGGAAUCUGCUAUGGAAACGGCUAUAGAGCUAUAUCCGAAUAAUGUGUUUGUGUUAUCAGUUUUGAAAAAACAAUAUUCGUUGGAGUAUUCAUUAGGUCUGCAAUGGUGGAAAAUAAAAAAGUUGCUGUUGAAAUCAGAUAGAGCAUUACCCUCGCUUUUUGCUCUUAUCAUCGUAAAUCAACAACUCGAAGAAUUUCAAAACGUCGUUCAGGAUACUAUUACAGGAACUAAAUAUGAGAUCAGUACUAGUUUAAAGAACAAAAUGUUGUCGUUAUUUAAGAACGUCACUACAGCUUCUAAUACUAGAAAGUGCGGUUUGAUAUGGCGAUUAUACUUACAGUUUGUUUAUACUUACUUUAGUCCAGAUAUAUGCAGAAAAGUUUAUUAUUGCGCUGUAGAAGAAUGUCCUUGGCUGAAAGCUUUAUAUAUGGAUGCUGCCAUCUAUAUUCCAGCUGAAUUGUCACAAAUACAAGAUUUGUUUAUUGAAAAACAACUUAGGCUCCAUGUUACACCUGAAGAACUUGAUGUAUUAAGAAGUUAAUAGUUUCUAACAAAAUAUAAUAAUAUGUAAACUUCUUAUCUGUGA